UUCAGAACAAGACGAAAUCAUACUGAUACACUCAUUCGGAAAUUUAGUUUAAUUGGUAAUGCUGGUAUUAUUCCGUCGCUUCUAGCCUAUGCCUACUUCAGUUAGGCGUCCCAGCUGUGAGUAAGCAACUCAAAGCGCGCACUUUGUUACAUUGUGUUUAGCGUAAAAGGUUGAAACCGGAAGUCAUGUAUUUCUUUCCACCGCCUUGGCUCUGGUAAGUUUGCUGCGGAGCUGUCGACGGUAUAAGCCGGGGGAGAGGCGAAGGAACAGGAGCGCCUCAGCGAUGGAGCAUUUCUAAAGGACCAGACUCCCCCGUACAAGACCAGCGAGUUUGGAAGACUACAUGACCAAAGAAGCGUGGCCAGCAACGAGAAACGCAAACGUAACAAUCAUGCAAUUCAAAUACAGACGAAUUUAAGCCGAGCGCUUCUUCUUCAAGGUUAACGCCGCAUCCCUCUUGUCUCACAUCGGCUUGAACGUCAUCUGAUAGCCGGGGUAGCGAUCAUGUCCGUGGAAGAGCAGCAGCUGGGAUAUCCCGACAACAUGCCCGUGUGGAUGAGGGCUGAGAUCGAGCGUCUCUCCCGGGAAUUGACCGAGACCACGAACGAGAAGAUCCAGGCGGCGGAGUACGGGCUCGCGGUGUUGGAGGAGAAGCAGCAACUCAAACAGCAAUACGACGAGCUGGAGAUUGAGUAUGAGACCAUCAGACAGGAGUUGGACCAGUUGAAAGAGGCUUUCGGACAAGCCCACUCCAACCACAGGAAGGUGGCUGCAGAUGGGGAGAGCCGUGAGGAGUCCCUGAUCCUGGAGUCUGCCUGUAAAGAGGCCUACUACGAGCAGAGAGUCCUGGAACUGCAGAACGAGCUCCGUCAAACCCGCAACCUACUCACCAACACGCAGUCUGAGAACGAACGGCUCAAUACCAUUUCACAGGACAUCAGAGAGAAAAACCAGAUGGUGGAGCUGCAGAGGAAUCAGUUGCGUGAUGACAUUAAGGAGUACAAGUUUCGUGAGGCCCGUUUGCUGCAGGACUACUCUGAGCUGGAGGAGGAGAACAUCUCACUGCAGAAGCAAGUCUCUGUGCUCAAACAAAGCCAGGUGGAGUUUGAGGGUCUGAAACAUGAGAUCCGGCGAUUAGAAGAGGACACAGGUUUUCUGAACAGUCAGUUGGAGGAUGCUAUUCGUCUAAAGGAGAUCGCAGAGAGGCAGCUGGCAGAGGCUCUGGAGACCAUCAAGACUGAGAGGGAGCUGAAGGCUUCUCUCAGGAAAGAGCUGUCCCACUACAUGAACAUCGGAGAUACUUUCUACCACAGCCCUUUGAGCAUCUCCCUAGACGGCCUUAAGUUCAGUGAUGAUGCCUCCACGGAGCCCAACAACGACGAGGCACUGCAGGGAUUUGAAAAUGGCUUCCACAAACUGGCCAACACUAUUGCCGAGGAUAACCGUGUGUUCACUCCCACCAAGGACGAGCUGUCCCGGCCUGCCCCCAGCCUGGUGGAUGAUCUGCUGAGCGAACUUAACAUCCAUGAGAUACAGAAACUCAAGCAACAGCUAGUGCAGAUGGAGCGUGAGAAGGUGUCUCUGCUGUCCACGCUGCAGGACGCUCAGAAACAGCUUGAACAGGCCAACGGGGCCCUGUGUGAACACCAGGAGAAGGUCAGCCGCCUCACUGAAAACCUCAACACCAUCCGCAAGCUCCAGGCUAGCAAGGAGCGCCAGUCUGCCCUGGACAACGAGAAGGAGCGGGACAGUCACGAGGAUGGAGACUACUAUGAGGUGGACAUCAACGGGCCCGAGAUCCUGGAGUGCAAAUAUAAGGUGGCUGUGUCUGAGGCAGGUGAACUGAAGGAGGAGCUGAAGACCCUCAAAGCAGAAUAUCAGACCUGUCAAUCACGUUACGAAGAAGAACGCACCCGACUGGAGAAUGAUGUCACCACGCUCGGAGAAAAACUGUCCGCUCUGGAGAAAAUCAGUAACACAGAGAGAGACGAGAAGAACAGGCUAGAGAAAGAGCUGCGCAAGCUGAGCGAUGUAGCUGGUGAGUCCCAGGGCAGCCUCAGCGUGGCCCAGGACGAGUUGGUCACUUUCAGCGAGGAAUUGGCCACUUUGUACAACCACGUGUGCAUGUGCAACAAUGAGACACCCAACAGGGUCAUGCUUGACUUCUACAAGGAGGGCAAGGGCGGACGCAGCAGUCCAGAGGGACGUGGGCGGCGCUCUCCCAUCCUCCUCACCAAAGGCCUGUUCCCAGACCAAGGUUACCAUAGCGACGGCUCUCCCUCUCCAGUCUCCUCUUUACCAUCACCUGUGUCCGAUCACCGCAGAGAACCAAUGAACAUCUACAACCUGGUGGCGAUUAUUCGGGAUCAGAUCAAGCACCUCCAGUUGGCUGUGGAUCGCACUACAGAGCUUUCCCGGCAGAGGGUGGCCACACUGGAGCUGGGCACAGUGGCAGACAAAGAUAAGGAGGCAUGCAUGGAGGAGAUCCUCAAACUGAAAUCCCUGCUCAGCACCAAGAGGGAACAGAUUGCAACACUAAGAACCGUCCUUAAGGCCAACAAACAGACCGCUGAAGUUGCUCUGGCCAACCUUAAGAGCAAGUACGAGAAUGAGAAGGCUAUGGUGACUGAGACCAUGAUGAAGCUGAGGAAUGAGCUCAAAGCACUAAAAGAAGAUGCCGCCACCUUUUCUUCACUCCGGGCUAUGUUCGCCACACGUUGUGAUGAGUACGUGACCCAGCUGGACGAGAUGCAGAGGCAGCUAGCUGCAGCAGAAGAUGAGAAGAAGACCCUGAACUCUCUGCUGCGGAUGGCCAUCCAGCAGAAGCUGGCCCUGACACAGCGCCUGGAGGACCUGGAGUUUGACCACGAGCAGACGAGACGUGGAGGCACCGGGGGGCGCUCUAAAGCCCGCAGCAAAGCCCCUGCUGCCUCCUCCACAGGUUCACAUGUAAGUCAGAGUCUGUCUUGCUCCAGCUCAGGGCGCCCUGAGCUCAACACAGCUCUACCCAGUGGCAUCAUAGGAGGUCCCAUGGUAUUCUGCAGUGAGAAGUACAAGAUCUACUGCGACUGAGCGGCGCAGAGCCGCAGCGGACUGCUGUGUACAGCCUUAGUGUUACAGAGCCCCACAUGCUCGCUUAGCUCCCUCUAGGGACUGCUGUGUCUUAACCAGCUGCUUGUGUGUGCUGUGUCAACCUUAGGGGAAUGCCCAUGUACAGUGUGCACUCGACGUCUGGACUGUAGUAGACAUUUAUGGCAUGUGGAUUGUAGGGCCCUGCUUGUACUGAGGGCAUUGUGGAUUUUCUGGAGUGUCUAUUCUUUCCGCUGUCAUAGUGCCGUACGUAUAAGUUAAGGUGGCAGCUUUUGUGCUUGUCUGUUCUGAUCCCCAGAGUGUACUGCCUGGUAAUAGUCACACACUACACUUGAAUGGGGAAUAUAGAGGAUGUCAUAGAAGGGUUCUGUGUCUGCCCUUCAGCUCGCUGUUGGCAUUGGUGCUCCUUUGAAACAAGCCCCUUCCUCCUCUUUCUCUGCUGCCUCCAGGACUGACCUGUCCAGCAGCCCUCUGACGAAUCAGGUCACUCUCUACAAUGAAAUGUUUACAGGAAAUAAACAAGCAAAAUAUGCAAUCCUCCUCCAGCUUCUUGCUCGAGGAAGACUAAAUGAAUAUUUACAUGAUGUAUAAAACUUUGUAAGUGGGUUGGAAUUGGUUUGUUGGAAUUGUUUGGGCAGAAAGGAGCACCUGUGACCAUAGGUGUGUAUAUCAGGAUCAUUGUAAGCUGUGAUGCUAGCACACCAAUACAAUAAGAUAUGUAGAAUCGCAUGGCUUUGCUGCUGAAACACUAGCUUUUAACAAAACACUUUUCUGUUGCGUGUGGUAUGAGAGACAUGCUACGUGCUCUGCAUGGUAAAGAUACUAAAGUGGUGUCUGGUAAAACACAGGAGGGCUAUUCUGUACAACCCAUCAUGUUUGCAAUGGAUUCCAUUCAUAGCCAUAAAGAGAAAGAAAAGUUUGACAAAUCAAACUCCACUCCCAAACAAAGUGCACUUCAGCACAGGUGCCUCGGGUUCUACUCCGAUCAAAUAUUGAUUUACUGUGAACGUAGAAGCUACGUAGUUUGGUUCAUAAUAAGCUGUUUAAUGUGGGAUAACUCUUAAAAGAGCACAAAUCAGAAGGCACCACACCUGGAUAUUUAAAUUGGGACACUAAAGUAACAGUCCGGCAAAGUGCCUGUCAGUAUAAAUCUAACCCGCCUGCCCUUGUGUGUGAACUGAAGCAUUUAUCCACCUUCCUCCUUCUCCUCUCUAUUUUUGGACCAGAGUCAAUAAUGUCUGUAUGCUGUUGUGACUGGAAACCCUUUGCUUUUGUCAGUGGCCACUUUUUUACCAACUUCUUUCUUUGUAGAUGGUUAGCCGCUGGCUUCCUCCACAUCACCACUCACCCUUUAACUAAAGUAUAUUUGUCAGGUAACAUCCUCCAUCUGUGUGUUCUGCCUGUAUGUACAUGAAUGAGUGGCCCUCUUGUGUAUUAUAUUUUUAUCUUUAUCACAAAUAGAGGGCCAGUCAUGAUUUAUUUUAAAUGUGUGUGACGUGUAUGAAGACUAAAUGACGUACUCUUUCUAGUUCUUACAAUUUUUCAUAAAAGCUUUAACCCUUUGCGAGCUAGCAUUACGCAAAUAUGAAAAUAUGUGGGGCUUGUGUUUAUUACCCUCUCUGUGGAAAAUAGACAUGCUAGCUUUAUGAUGCUAAAAGCAGGGUUGAAGAAAGACAGUCCUGCCAGAUUUGUACCUACUAAAGAAAACGUGCUAUGUUAUCAUAAUGCAACCAAUUAAGAAUCUUGCAGGAUCUUAUAUCGUCUUCUCUACAGUAUAAAUAGAGAAACUAUCAUCAGCCCUGCUUAUGUGUGCGUGUAUAUGUUUAGCACACAGCAUGGAGACUAAGCAGUUAUGGGAAAAAAACUAAAAGGAGGUUAGUCACUCCUGCAUUUAAGAUAUUGUGUUUCUAUCAGUUUGCGCUGAUUGAGAAGAGAUUUGAAGAGUAGAGAAAGGAAAACUACUCGUGUGGUUAAGAGGAGAUGUGAGAAAUAAGCUAGACAUACUGGCAGUCCGCUCCAGAUGUCUGAAAAGGUGGAGAAAUGAGUCCAGUGUUUCCAAAGAAAGAAACUUCUGGACAUUUUUUUUUUUCUAAGGAGGAAAAAUACUGGUCUAGUGAUUGACCAGAGGACAUUGAUUCAAAUUAGUCCCUCCCCUUCUCCUUGUACUCUCCUUAGGUUGUAGGCAGUAGGUAGGUAGACUCUAUAGAUUUGUUGUUAGAAAUAUACCCAAAUCCCUUAAGCACAGGAGUCUGAAUUAAGCUCCAUCUAGUUUGUAAUCAAUGUCUGGAUUUUUUUUCGGGUGUCAACAGAAAGGCUCCUCCUACCUCUGCAUGCAGGCUCCGCCCAUUCCACAUAAUUUUCAUAUGUCAUGUUUUUGUUUUGUUUUUUGUUUUUAAAGCCUGCAUGGUAUAUAUGUGUCUAUUGACUCACAUGACAUUUGAGAAACCCCCAUUACCACUAGCUUUACAUUGGUUUGAAAUACUACUGAGUUACUGGCUUCCUAACGUAAUGACUUGGACUAACACUAGCUGUUUAUUUGGAGUGUCUUUGGAGUUGUUUGGAGUUAACAGCUAACCAAAAAUACAAAUGCUGAUUUUUUUUUAUAUUUUUUUUUUCUCCGUUUUGCAGUAAUUACAUGGUAGCCCUGUGUGGAUGAUGAAGUACCAGCACAAGGUUCAUUCUUCAUUUGAAAUUGGGCUCGCCAAAAGAUGCUAAAGCCUGUUUGGACUAUAAAUAAACAAAAACAUUUUAUUUACACUGAUUGGAAAAUGUAUGCUGCUAUUGGAAGUCAAAAUGCCACGACUUUUUCAAUUGGCCAAUGACAACCCCCAAUGCGAAGCCAGAGGUCAUGGGGGUAAUUUCUUAAUGUCUAAACACUAACAUGUUUCGUGUUAUUUUUGUUUUUAUUUUAUUAUUUUAAUUUUUAAUAUGUGCACUUUCAUCAUAGAGGAUUAUAACUAUUAUUAACCUAUAGGAAAGUGUGGUAGAACUAUGGUUUGUGGAUUACUUAAAAUAGCUUAUAUAAUAGGAAAAUGAGUUGAAUUCCUGAAAUUUAAAUUGCUACAGUUGUCACAAACCAUGGUCAAACCACCAGAUUUUAUUCAUUCGCAAAAUUAUGUUACAUUAAUGUUAUGUCUUUCUUUUAUGUUUGUUCUACUGCCAUAUUCUAUACAAAAAUCCAGGGUGAUCAAAUUCUGGGGUUUUUCAUGUAUUUAUUAUUCCUAGAGGAAUAGCUCAAACUAAUGAAACUUGACAACGCUCUGUUUCCAAAAAGGUAAGUUGUGCUUUGGGAAAUCUUCUGUGAUGUGAUACACUUUUCCUUUGCUUCUUACCAAAAGGGCGUUCCACUGAAAAAACAGGAUCACUGACUUCUAGAAUUCUCUGCAAAUGCAAAAAUUAAAGAUUCCAAAUUGGAAUUGUUUCAUUCUCUCUUCGUUUUUUAUUGUGCCAAAUCUUGGUACACCGUGGGUCGAGACUAACUCAGAAAGAAAACAAGCUGUCGGACGUAGUUGGUUAUGAGUGCUGUUUUUGUUUAGCUCUUCGUUUCUGACCAGUAGUGCCUUUCAUUGUUUCAAGGGAGAAUUUUAGACAAAGUAUUUUAUGUUUGUUUUUUAUAGACUAAAGCGUUUCAAAAUGACUGUGAGCAGCAAUAAAUGCAAAAGACGGGGAAUUUCCGCCCUUUUUCUGCAUGUGCGAGAUGAUAGUUUUAAAAUGAGCUCAAUAAAAGUGACGUUGCAUUGAAUUCUACAGGUCAGUGAUCCACAUAUUUAAAUCAGGGGUAUUAAAGAAAAGGUUGUUUUUUAUCAAACUGCGGGAAACAUAAGAAGUCCCUUUGGCCUCCUGUGAUGUUGAACAAAAGCCCCCAGCAUCUAUAACGUGCUGGGGAAUGAUCAGUGUGUAUUAAUGGAAACAUAUCUAGCUUUGUUUGGUGAAGGUAAUGUGAUAUCAAUAGUAUUGUUGAAAAAUGUGCAGAAAGCGCAUUUUAACUUUUUUUUUUUCAUUUAUUUUUUAUUAAAUCUUUUUACAUCAUCUUUUGAGCGUUUUCAGUAAACAGAAAACAGAAUACGCAUCAACAAGCUUGAUUAGUGCCAUUCUAGCCAAUGCUUGCUUGUUGACGCACACAUAUAAAGUUACCAAUAUGGAAAGAAGUGAAAAGUCAAAGUGCAAUUUUUACCAAUGUUUUACAUGAAAUAAGUUUUCUGUUUGCUGGAAGCUAUAGCAUUGUGAUAAUGAAUUAGCUGUGCAAACUUUCAUAUUGUGUUCUCAGUAUUGAUCCAUACAGAAACAUCUUUAUAUGAAAUUCACCUGUAUGUUGGUAUUUAUUUGAAUUUGUCAUGCAGUACUGUAUUAUCUAUUAUGUGCAUUAUGAUUAGUGGCAUAAUGUUCCAAGCUAAAUGUCAUAUGCAUGUGUCUCCAGUCAUGGGACCUUUACACAGAAGAAGCAAAACAAACAUGGCCGAUGUUUAGGAUAUAUAUAAGAAAAAAAAAAGUUUUGUAUUGAGAAAAAAAAAAAAAAAACAGUUUGCUCUAUUUGUAUUACUGCUGAAGAUAUCCUGAGAAAGUGUUUGUUUUAGAGAGGUGGUGCUGUGUAAGGGUAGUCAUACUGGCUAAAAUCAAUAAAAGUAAGACAAAACAACUA